UGACAUUUCAUUUGACAUGUCGUUUUCAUGACUGCCUGAAAUUAUUUUUGCUUUUUAGCAAAAAAUUGUGAUAGAGAUAACAGGAUUUCACUUUUUAGUUGUAAUAAAAUGUGAUAAAAGUAUAUUAAAUAAUGUCUAGAAUUAGGGGAAUUGAAGUAAGACUGCCAAAAGACGUGAUAAAUAAUCGAAAAAAUGGUCAUGACAUUGUCAAAAAUAAAAAAGAAGACCUUACAGCGGAGGAAACUGAUCAGCAACAGAUAAAAGAACUGGUCUCUAAACUGCCAAAACUAGAUAAGAUAUUUGAGCUGCACCGCAAGAUUGGUGUUGGCACAUUCAGCUCGGUGUACCUGGGCUCGCUGCGGCAGCACCACGGGCUGGCGGAGGCGGAGCGGCGCUGGUUCGCCAUCAAGCACCUCGUGCCCAACACGCACCCCGCGCGCGUCGAGCACGAGCUGCGCUGCCUGCAGGAAAUGGGUGGCCAAGAUAAUAUAAUAGGAGUGGAGUUGUGCCUUCGUCAUGUUGACACCAUAGUUUUUGUAAUGCCGUAUAUACCUCAUAGGAAAUUUUCUGAAUAUGUAUCAUCGAUGGAUGCCCAGGAGCUGCGGGACUACCUCAAGGCGUUGUUUGUGGCUCUGAAGAGAGUGCACUCAUUUGGAGUCAUCCACCGAGAUGUCAAGCCUAGUAAUUUUCUCUAUGAUAGAGAAAAUAAAAGGUACCUGUUAGUGGACUUCGGCCUGGCGCAGCGCAUCUCCCCCCCGCCCCCCGCCGUGCCGCCCCCGCCCCCGCCGCACCCCCCGCCUGCGCACGCCAACUCCAAUAUAAGGAAGAGACUUAGAGAUGAGGAGCAGUCACCGCCGGCGGCCAAACGCGUGGCGCUGGACCUGACGGUGCGGGGGCGGGGCGAGGCGGCGCGGGAGGGGGAGCACGCGGCGCGGGGGAGGGGGGAGCGCCGCGAGCCCGCGCUGCAGCUGCCCGCCGCGCCGCCGCCCGCCGCCAACAGUGAAGUCAAGAGGCCGCCGUGCGCGUGCGCGGGCGUGGGCGCGGUGUGCGCGGCGUGCGCGGGGCGGGCGGGCGCGCGCGCCUGUCGCGCCGGCACCGGCGGCUUCCGCCCGCCCGAGGUGCUGCUCAAGUACCCGCACCAGGGACCCGCGGUGGACAUGUGGGCGGCGGGCGUGGUGCUGGCGAGCGUGCUGUCGGCGCGGUACCCGUUCUUCCGCGCGGCCGACGACGCGGGCGCGCUGGCCGAGCUGGCCGACCUGCUGGGCAGCGCGCCCCUGCAGCGGGCCGCCGCCAAGCUCGGUACGUACUGACACUCUCUCUCCUAUACGCUGC